AUGUAUAUUCUCUGGAUAGAAUGUUCACACAAUCAGCUUACUAAUAAGGAAUCAGGCACGAUUCAGACUUUGACGGAUCAGAAGAUUCUUUCUGUGCAACUGCAGAUCAUAAAGAUGCUCGACGGCCCCAAGUUUCAUUGCAAAUACUGCAAGAAACAGAUACAAUGCAUGCUAAGCCAACAUUGCGAAUUAGACCUGCAUAUUCUUGAUAUGAUCACCCUGUGGUUGACCACUGGGCAGCCUGGAGACGACACCGCCAUUGCAUUCGACAAGAAUGCCACUAUAACUCUCGUGCUAGCAAAAAAACUGCUGCCCCACCCACGAGGACAACGACAUGUCUCUGAACAAGGGGGAAAUUUCCUCAUGGAUGGGCUGAUAGGAGAAAAAUUUCUAUUCAAAGCACGGCCUCUCAGUGAGGGGGACCGCAACAUCAUCGUGGAAAUUAAGCAUGGAAGCAUGAUCCAACUGGACUCCGAGGUAGCCCCUUUAUUAUCACAGAAGUUUGUGACUCUUGCCGAAAAGUCCAGCCGAUUACUACAUACAACCGUUCUCCUACCUAGACACUUUCCUGGCAGGGAACAGCAGUUUGAGGUGGAUAAAUUGCGAAGACAAAUUCAUUACCGAUGGGUUGACAAUUCAUUCUCCAAUUCCGGAGAGGGUGUCCAUGACAUCUCAGAAGCUUAUGCGCGGCAGUCAAUACAAGAUUUACACAGGAUAACAUUCCUGACGUCCUCGUACCUGCAGAUUCGGAAGGGGUACCUCAGACAGGCAGGUUGGAGAGAUAGUGCCACCACAGCCACGCACACAGUCCACGGUGACCAUCUGACUCUCGGGGGCACUGGCGAUGGCCCAAAGGUGAAGUACGACGAGGUGAAGGAUGCUAAUCAUGACUUUGCGAUGAGGCAGUGGCAUGAGUCAGAGAGAACGGAAACUCUUAAGGUCCUCGAUGCAGAGAUCAUUGUUCAGGUGCUGUGGUCGUGA